AAAUGAGGAGAAAUUGAGGUCCAGAGUGAUAGUGUCCCUGAGGAUGAGGUUAAGUUAAACCAGAAGAGGAACCCAGGAUGGGCAGAAAUGGGGGUAAUGAGAAAUGGGAAUAGAGUGGGGUCAGGCUAGAUGUCUUGUGGAGUGAACUGAGGCUGGUAUGUACCCAGGGCCACUCCCUAGAUCCUUAGGUCUUCAUAGAAACCUUUGCCCCACCACACCCCAUCCCUGACAGCCUUUCUCUGCCAGGACAAGUUCGUCGUCUGCUCUGAGCUAUCAAGCCCCUCAGAAGUCCUAGGACCCAGCUGGGUCCCAUCCCUUUGGAGUAGCUGCUUCAGACUAGGAAGCACCUAGUUCUUGUGGGUAAAGGAGCCAUGGAAGAUAAAGCUGAUCAGCAAGAGCAGGAGAGACACAGCCUUCGUCUGGAAAAGCUACAACGCUGGGCAAGGCACAGGCAGAGUGGGCACCUCUUGGUGCUGGCGGUGAGCCAGCUAUGGCUGGCAGUGGUUGUGGUGCCCUUUGCCCUCUCAGUCGCCUGCCUGAACUCUGAUUGCCACAUGGCUACAGCGCUGCCUCUUGGGCCUGGAGUCUCAGGUCUCCUCACUGGGAUUGUCACCCUUGAGCUUCGCAGAGCACCCCGCCUCUGGAAGGUGCAGGCCAUGAUGAUAUUCAACACCUUCAACUUGAUCUUGGGUUUCAUCGUGGUGGUGGUCGAGGUGAUGAAGACAGCCUUGGGGCCUGCCCCAACUGCCCCCUCCAAGCAGGCUGGCUUGCUGGUGCUGGAGCUCAGUGCUGAGGCCUUCACCCUAGGGGGAGUGCUGGUCUCAGUGCACGCCCUAUUCUUGCUGAGCCAGAGGAAACCCGGAUGCUGCAGGAGCCAGAGUCUACACUACCAGGAGCUGCAGGAGGGCUUCUCUGAGUUGGAGGAGAUUCCUGGUUUGGAGAAUGGUCCCACGGUGGCCAACACAGGAGCAAAUGAGAGGGCGGGACAGCGGGAACAGACACCUGUUGCUCUUCUUCCACCCUGAGAGAAUGCUCUCCAGACAUUCCUGCAUCCCACCCCACCAAACUCAGAAGUUAGCUGGGAUCCCUUGAGUCCAAUAUGAAGUCCGGGAGUGCCUUCAGUUUUCACUCAGAGCAGGCCCCUUUUUCGUUCCUUCCCUGUUAGGGGAAGAUACACCUGGACGUUCGAAUAUAUCCUCACCUCACCACCCUGAAAAUCUGCUUUCUCCCUUCCAUACAUAUCCUCCCUCCCCGUCACCUCCCUACAGAGCUUCACAUCUGCCUCAUCUCACUCUUCGGUCCACCUUUUAUAAUCCCAUCCACUCCAAACCCCGGAUCCUGCACACGCCAACUCCCUGAAUCCAAUUCAGGAGUGUUCCAGUUCCCCUUUCGAUCCAGCUCCUUUCUACUGCUGCGAAGACUACGAGUCCCAGGAUGCCCUGCCGGCCCGUGAGCGGCUGGGAAAUAAAGAGCCUUCCCU